CCCGCCUCCCAGGCUUCAUGGAAGGGGUUCUCCAAUGGCAGGGCUUCCAUCACGGAGCCGGCGGAUUAGGCUGUGAGUUUCACACUGGGAGAAGACAAUUCUGGGAUAAAUCGGGGUCGCUUCGGGCUAGGUUACGGACAUAGCCGCUCCGGCUCACGGAAGGGGCUGUGGCCUUCGAGGAAGAGGAAUAAGCGCCGGGGGCGACUGGAAAAUGCCUGUCCAUUCCCGUGGGGACAAGAAAGAGACGAAUCAUCACGAUGAAAUGGAGGUGGAUUACGCCGAGAACGAGGGAAGCACCUCGGAGGACGAGGACACCGAGAGCUCGUCGGUCUCCGAGGAUGGGGACAGCUCAGAAAUGGAUGAUGAAGACUGUGAAAGAAGAAGAAUGGAGUGCUUAGAUGAAAUGUCAAAUCUUGAAAAACAGUUUACAGACCUCAAAGAUCAGCUUUAUAAAGAACGAUUAAGUCAAGUGGAUGCAAAGCUACAAGAAGUAAUAGCUGGGAAGGCACCAGAAUAUUUGGAACCACUGGCAACUUUGCAAGAAAAUAUGCAAAUCCGAACAAAGGUAGCAGGAAUCUAUAGAGAACUCUGCCUAGAAUCUGUAAAGAACAAAUAUGAAUGUGAAAUCCAAGCUUCUCGCCAGCACUGUGAGAGUGAAAAGCUCUUGUUAUAUGAUACUGUACAGAGUGAACUAGAAGAGAAAAUUAGAAGGCUUGAAGAAGAUAGGCACAGCAUUGACAUUACCUCAGAGCUGUGGAACGACGAACUUCAGUCAAGGAAAAAAAGAAAGGAUCCCUUCAGUCCAGACAAAAAGAAGCCUGUUGUUGUAUCAGGCCCCUAUAUAGUUUAUAUGUUACAAGACCUAGAUAUUCUUGAAGAUUGGACAACAAUUAGAAAGGCAAUGGCUACACUUGGUCCACAUAGAGUAAAACCAGAACUUUUUCAACUGAUCCCUUUAGCACCUGUGAAAUUGGAAAAACACCUGCACAGUGCUAAGUCUGAAGAGGGAAGAUUGUAUUAUGAUGGUGAAUGGUAUAUACGUGGACAGACAAUAUGUAUUGAUAAGAAAGAUGAAUGCCCUACAAGUGCCAUAAUUACAACAAUUAACCAUGAUGAAGUUUGGUUUAAGAGGUCUGAUGGAAGCAAAUCUAAGCUUUAUAUUUCCCAGCUACAGAAAGGAAAAUAUUCAAUAAAACAUUCAUAAUCACUAUCAGUUGUUAACUAAACCUACCCGUAUUAGUGUUAUCAAGUGUGGUGUGCCAUGGGAGUAAAAUGUAUUUAAUAAUUUUUACAUUCUCGUAACAUUAUGAGAGUAUUCAUAUUUUUAGGUAGUAUUAUAUGUACACUUCAUAUUCAUAUAUAUUUUUUUCUUUUUUAAUGAUGAGAAAAACAUAAAUCAUGAUGACCAAGAUAUUUUACCUUUCAGUUGGGUCCAACACCUAGUAUAUGAAAAAUGGCCUUCCAAAAUAUGGCAGAUGUUUUAUGACUAAACCUUUUUGUUUGGUUAAAAAUUAUGCAAAUUUGACUUUUCUUCAGUGUACUGUGUGGGGUUGUAAAACUGCUACAGUUUUUUCUUGCAAUUUAUUUAGUUUUUCAUGUCCAUGUAACUCAUUGAGUAUUUGUAAAUAAGCCUGAUAAAACAUGUAGAUGGUUUGUAAUAGGAUUGUAUAUUGUUAAAUCAGAAUUGAAACUAUAAACACAUAAGUGUGUACACACACUUUUUGGGGGAGAGGGGAGCCCAAAUAGCUAAUUUUGCAUCAAUGGCCUUACUUUAGUAUUUAUUUUCCUUAAAUUAAGCUAUUGGGUUAAAAUUCCUAAAAGGAACACUUGCCUAAACUACCAGCACUCCUCCCCCUUAGUAGUGUAGCAGAGAAAUUUUUCCCCAGAUUAUACUUGAUGUUAAUUAGAAAAAAUUAGUGUCAAGGAAUAAAAACAUUGCUUCUACCUGUACUAUUUAUGGCCUGUGGAGGUCCUGAAUUCCUGGUAUUUAUGCUGCAGUAUAUAAGUGAUAAUCAAUAACUGACAGUAUUGUGGCAUAUGCUGUACUUGUCUGUUCUAUUGCCUUUUUUGAAAGAGAUUCUCAGUAAACUUUUUCAGAGGUAAAAAUAUGCCUUUAUGCUAAUUCUGUGCUUAGUACAAAACAAAGACAGUGAAAUUUGUUCAAGUCCAUUUUCUCAAAAGAAUAGUUUUUCCUUUAGAAUUUAUAUGCUUUAAGUCCAUUUUAUGUGAUUUAGAAAGUGUUGGUUUCCUUCCCUUCAGUCAUUUGCAGAAUUUAACUUUCAAAGCCCCAGGAACAAUGAACAGAGUCAGAACCCUAAAUAAGACAGCACAAUUUCUGUGGCUGUAGUAUAGAUGAUGUGACCAAAAUUAGUAUUCUUGUUUCUGUGCACUUUACUUUUUAUUAUAAUGAGACUUGAGGGUAUGGGGAAAAACAUAGUUAUUGAAACUUAUGGCAAAAAUAGAAUCUGCAUAUUCAAUUUAUCAUAUUCUUUACCUCUCAGAAUGUUUUUUGUGCAGAUUACUACUUGACAGUUGCCAAAUUUUAAAAUAUUUGACCUUUGAAGUUCAUUAUUAACAAAAUUAUCACUCUGUAUUGUGUCUCAUAAAUGUUAGCCAAAUGUAUAUAAUGUUAUAAACCAAUGGUCAGUCUUUGACAGUACUUAAGUACACUGUUGUUUGAUAAACAUUUUUGUAAUAAGAUAUUUGUAUUUUUUAAUUUAGUAUAUAAUAAAAAUGAUCUGUG